AUGGACCUUCCCGUCAUGCGUCUGCACUCUGACAGAGGUGGUGAGUUCUCCUCCGACCUCUUGCAGGACUUUUGUCGUGGGGAGGGCAUCCUCCAGUCGUUCACGCUUCCGGCCUCCCCGCAGCAGAAUGGGGUUGCUAAGCGCCGCAUUGGCUUAGUCAUGGAGUUUUACCACCCCACCUCGCGCCGUGUCCUGCCCUCUCAGGACGUCACGUUUGACGAGUCGGUUCCCUUCUACCGUCUCUUCCCCUACCGCACUGCCCCGCUCCCCCCUCCGCCUCUCUUCCUCGCUCCGUGUCCCCCUCCGGUAGACCCCCUCCCCCCUCAGGGUCUUGCUCCUUCAGGUGUCUCCCAGGUAGACCCACUUCCCUUAGCUGAGCCUGUCGAGGUCACUGGUGACUCUGGUGCUGCUGGGGGUGGUGGUGCUCGGGGUACUGCGUCUAGGGGUGCUGAGCCUGAGCGUGCGGAGCCUGGGGGUGCUGAGCCUGAGCGUGCGGAGCCUAGGGGUGCUGAGCCUGAGCGUGCGGAGCCUGGGGGUGCUGAGCCUGUGCGUGCUGCGUCUGGGGGUGCUGAGCCUGGGGGUGCUGAGCCUAGGGGUGCUGCGUCUGCUGGUAGUCCUUUGGGUACCUCGCCGCAGCGGUCUAGCCAGCGAGAGCCUCUCUCGCCCCAGCAGCUGCGCGAGUGGUUUGCUCGGCGCACUCGCCUUCGGAGUCGCGCUACUGAAACUCGGGGCACUGGGGUUGCUAGUCCUGGAGGCACUGGUGCUGGAGGCACUGCGGAGCCUCUCUCCCCUCAGCAGCUGCGCGAGUGGUACGCUCGGCGCACCCGCCUUCGGAGUCGCGCUGCUGGAGCUGGAGGCGCUGGAGCUGGAGGCACUGGGGCUGGAGGCGCUGGAGCUGGAGGCACUGGAGCUGGAGGCACUGGAGCUGGAGACGCUGGAGCUGGAGGCGCUGGCACUGGAGGCGCUGGAGCUGGAGGCACUGGAGCUGGAGGCGCUGGAGCUGGAGGUGCUGGCGCUGGAGGCACUGGAGCUGGAGGUGCUGGCGCUGGAGGCGCUGGAGCUGGAGGCACGUUGGAGCUAGAGGCUCUUGCGCUGGAGGCGCUGGAGCUGGAGGCGCUGGAGUUGCAGACGCUUGAGCUGCGGGAGCUGGAGCUGGAGGCCCUGGCAUUGGAGGCGCUGGAGUUGGAGGUGCUCGUACUGGAGGCGUUGGCGCUAGAGGCGCUGGCGCUGGAGGUGCUGGAGCCGGAGGCACUAGAGCUGCAGGCGCUGGAGCUGCGGGAGCUGGAGCUGGAGGUACUAGAGCUGGAGGCCCUGGCACUGGAGGCGCUAGAGCUGGAGGUGCUGGUACUGGAGGCGCUGGCGCUGGAGGCACUGGCGCUAGAGGCAUUGGCGCUCAAGGCACUGGCGCUGGAGGCAGUGGAGCUGGAGGUUCUUAGUCUUCCUUCGUCCACUACCCUUCCUCCGGACUCACCACUGCCUGCCCCCCCUCCUUACACCGAGCAGCCAGCCUCCCUUACCGAGCGUCGUGAGCCUGCGUCUCGUCCGGCCUCCCCUGUUCGCACGGCUCACUGUGCUCAUCGUGUCCCGCGUCCGCGUCCUCCUCUUGUGCCAGGCACUCACACCAUGGCACUUCGUCCUUCCUCUGUCCCACAACACGUCCCUCUGCCGUCUCCUUUUGCGUCCUCUCAUCCUGACGUUCCGGACCCUGAGUAUGACUUGGUUCGUGCUGCUAGUCCCACUGUCACGCGUCUCCUCGCUACUGUCGUUACUGACCCGUCGUUUGAGUCUACUGCUGCGUCUGCCUUAGUUGUUGAGCUUGUGGAUUUUGCUGCGUGUCGUCUAGACUACGCCACUAGUCUUGUUGCUGAGUCUGAGUCUGUCUGUCCUCCGUCCGUCGGGGGUGAGUGUGCUCUUGGCACGGACGUCUUUGAGAAUAGGCAGGGGUGCUUUGAGUGUCUUGCGGCUGCUGUACCUCAUCUCGUGGCCAUGCUGCUUGCACCUGAGGGAGACCCAGAUGCACUGGACAUCCCGACCCCGCACUCUUACGCAGAGGCGAUUUCGGGUCCCUACUCCUCUCAGUGGGAGACAGCCAUGGACGCAGAGAUGGCAUCUUGGAAGUCCACAGGCACUUACGUCGAUGCAGUUCCCCCUCCUGGGGCGAACAUAGUCGAUGGCAUGUGGAUUUUCAGGACCUUCUCCCCUACCCCAAAGAUGACCACUCUUCGGGUGCUGCUGCACGUUGCCGCUCAGCGUGACUACGAGCUUCACUCUCUUGACUUCAGCACAGCUUUCUUGCAGGGCAGCCUGCACGAGGAGAUCUGGCUGCGCCGCCCACCUGGCUUCACGAAGUCGUUUCCUGCAGGUACCCAGUGGAGCCUCCGACGGCCAGUCUACGGUCUCCGCCAGGCGCCUCGUGAGUGGCACGACACACUGAGGAUGACACUUGCUCUCGUGGCUCUUGGGUUUGCUCCUUCCACUGCUGACCCGUCGCUGUCUCUGCUGACGUUCUACAUCCUCGUAUACGUCGACGAUUUGGUCUUUGGCACUGCUGACACUGAGGCACCGGCCCUUGUGAAUUCGGAGCUGCAGAAGAGACACACGUGCACGGACAUGGGUGAGCUGCGCAGCUACCUUGGCUUGCAGAUCACCCGGGACAGAGCACGCCGCACCAUCACACUGACUUAG